UGUUGUUUCUUGUCGUUUUCGUUUAUGUAAACGUAGUAAUGACCGAAAAGAAAAUGACAGAAGGCUAGCAAAUCUUUGAGAGUUAAUAAAAUUCAAAUUAUAAAAUAAAAUUACAGAAAUAAAAUAUUUUAGCGGGUAAGGUUUGGGUUAAAUAAAUUUGUUAAAAAUAUCGACAACAUGUUUAGUUUCUUGGGGGACAGAUGCCUUUAAAGAUGACCGGUCUGAGAUGUUGGUGCAAGAGAAUAAAUUAAUUCGUUUUUAUAAGUAAUUUCGUUUGUGGGAAAGAAUUCGCUCAAAUUUUUCUAUUUUUAUAAGUCGGGAUUUUGAGGUUAAUUUUCUAAUAGUUCGCCGUUACACAUUGUUUAUAGUUAUGUUAAUAAAUAGUGUAAUUUAAGAAAAUUAAAAUGGACAACUACUUUGAAAGCACCCUCGAGAAUGUUUUACGUUGGGAGUUUCUCGACCACGUAGAUAUUUCAUCAGGUGAAGACAACAACCAUGGAAUCCAAAAAACAGUAUGUUCUCUUCAACGGGAAUACAUAUCCCUUUAUGGCAGCCACCCCAAAAUGGAAGACCGAAUUUUCAGCACUUGUGGAGUCUGCGAGCAAGUUUUCAAUCCGCAAGUCGUCGCCAACCAUAAGGAACACUGUCCUGGCAAAAACAAAAUCCAGUCUCAACAGCUGAAAAAGAAAGUCAAAAGCAAAAAGAAACUUCAAGCAUCAUCAGUGCCUCUCCCACCCCUCUUCAAAAAGGAAACACUUGGACCUCCGGUGCUUUCAAAAUUUUCCGACAUCUCCCCUCCUCAGGUGUCACGACUCGCUCCCGAUGUUCUUCCACUUCCGGAACCCAUAGUUACACCAAAAAUAAACGAAAUAGAACCUUCCCCAAGCGCUUCACCCCCAACGCCACCGCCUCCUCCUCUGCCCCCAUCGCUCCUACACGAAGGUCCCCCAGAAGAAUCCGCCAACAUCCGCUAUAAAAAGUCCAAGAAGAGUACUAAAACCCUUAGGGAAUAUGACCCUGAUAUUCAUUGCGGCGUCGUGGACGGCCUCAAGGGACCCUGCACGAGAUCUAUCACUUGUUCUAAUCAUAAAAUUCAGUUAAGAAAAUCUGUGCCUGGUCGUAGUAAGAACAUCCAUGUGCUUAUUGCUGAAAAGAAAGCAGCGAAGGAGAAAGAUACACGACGUCGUUCUCCCACUCAUCUUCUACAAAUAGAGCCCAAACCGUCAACCGAAUUUAUGUUUCCUAUUAUUGAAACAGAACCAAUUAAUUGUGAUGGAAGUGAUACCGGUGAUGAGGUAGCCAAAUUUGUUGGAACUCCGCAACUCUCAUCAAGCAUCACUAUAACAGAUUUACCUCAGAAUGAGUUGCAUGAUGAAGUUGAGAGUGACGAUCCCUCUAAUCAGUCGGAAAGUGGAUAUUGCUCUAUUGAAACUACAUUGUCUACUAAAAGUUCACCUCUAUUGUAUCUUAAUCCAAUCAGUCCAAUAAUUGUUGUAACACCCGUUCAAUUUAUUCAGAAGGAAAACAGUGUCUAUGUGGAAGCGCCUCAGCCGGCAAACAGCCCCCCGCCCAAUGGCUACUUCCUCGCGAUGCCGGAAUCGUCCUCAAAUAUCAAACUUUAUAAAUCCCAUCCAAAACCAACAAUUCUACCCACUUAUGGUGCUAGAAAGGUCGGUGGGGCGAUCCUCAGCUCGAAUCAAAGACUGGAGUAUCAACGUAAUGACAUACAAAUGGCUAUCAGCACAAAAAGAAAAAGGGCAUCCACGGUAAAAAUGAGUGCUAGUGAUAGUAAACAAAUUAAAUUAGCUGCUGAUGUUAACGGUUUUAUUUUACAUACCGAAAUGAGUGAAGUUGCUGAUGCACCACAACCCAACCAUUGUAUUCAAGAAAAUAUCAACUUAUUGAAUAUGAAGUGAUUUAUUUGUGUUUUUCAAACCAUUAUUUAGUCAGGUAUGGUUUAUCCUAAAGUGUUCUAAACUUAAGUCUGACUUAGCAGACUGUUUAAGACUGUUUUCUUGUAAUACUCUGACAUACGCUUAUGGCAAUGCUAUAUUGGGCAGUUUCACUCACUAAUUUCCAAUAUGAGUAAAAUGCCACCCUAUUAUUCCUUUUUGUAUUGGGAUGUACGUGUGUUAUAUAGUAUACAGGUCAGUCAUUUAUGUAUACUGAAAGUGUGAUUAGUUUUUUAGUCGUAAAUUUUGUAUUUAUGUGUUCAUUUGCCUUUUUUCCUAUAUCCAAGUCAUUUAUUUUUUUUUUUAAUAAUUACUUCAGUUGUGGUUUGGUGCUCAGCAAAUUGAUCUCGUAAAAACAAAAAGUUGUGAUUAAAAUCACUGUGGUUUAGUUGUGCUUCAAAUAAUUUUAAUCUAGUGAUAUUUGUAAAUAUGUACAUAUUUUCUUUUAUUUAUUGCUUUACUAAUUUAUUAGUUACGUACACAUACUUUUUUUGUUAUUUUUAUACAAGAUUUAAGUACAUUACAAGUCCCUUAUUUGACCAAUUUAUAAAACAUCUUACACAAGAUAUACGUAAACUAUGUAUAUACAUUUAUCAUAAUAUACUUACUUGUCAUUGUGAUGUGAAACUAACUAUUGUUUAAUUACCAAAUUUGGACAAAAAUACAAUAAUUUAUCGUCUUUGGUUUCUGACCUGGUUAGGUGAUCUUUUCAGUGGUGUACUUGUAAUAAUGUCAUUUGUUCUUAUGGAUUUAGUAAAUGUUUUGGUGUCGUAGGAUAAUAGAAGACACGAAAUUUACAAGCAACAAUUGAUUUGUAAUUGGAAUGUUAAGAUUUUUCUGUCUUGUUAGUCUUUACCAUUUUGUUAGGAUUCUUUUUAUGUUUUUUAUUUUAUAGUUUUGUAUGUACCUCAUUUUGUUUGUUUUUCAUUUGUGUUGUGACGCGGUAAUUUUUUUACCUAACUUUUUGGGAUUCUAUUGUGACCUUUUUUACGUUCAUUUUAGUAGUGAAUGAAGCAACAUAACUGACCUGUAUAUGUCGUUGCGACUUUGUCAAAUAGUCUAAUAUAGAUAGCAGUGUACCUAAU